AUGUCUAACAAAGAUGAUAUCAAGGCGUUUGCCGACAAAGAUGGUCACUUUCGAAGACAACCUUCGAAAUUUCGUGAUUCCAUAUCGAGAGAAGCAGGAGCUCAUUUUCCACCCGAGAAAGACCGCUAUGUUCUCUACAUCAACUGGGGUUGCCCCUGGGCAAAUCGCACAGCCAUUGUGAGAUUCCUUAAAGGACUCGAAGACAUUAUCCAACUUGUUGUAAUGGACUAUGAAAUGUUUCCCGAGGGCUGGGGUUACAGCGGACGCAAUGGAACUAUGGAGAAUGACCCCUUGUACGGAUUCACACGCCAUCGCCAACUCUACGAGAAAGCAGAACCUGGGUAUGAAGGUCGAGUCUUGGUGCCUACUUUAUGGGACAAGAAGAACGAAACCAUCGUCAACAAUGAGAGCUCUGAGAUCAUACGUAUGUUUUAUACUGAGUUUGACGAUCUUCUGCCAGAGAAGUUCCAAGAGAAGAGCCAUCCAGCCGGUGGAUUCCUGCCUGACUCGCUGAAGAAAGACAUUGAUCAGUUCAACGAGUGGGUGUACAACGACAUCAACAACGGCGUCUACAAGACUGGUUUCGCCAGCUCGCAAGAAGCCUACGAGCAAAACAUCGGCAUCCUCUUCAAGGCUCUCGAUCGGGUUGAAGCACAUCUCGAAAAGUCAGAAGGACCAUUCUUGUUUGGCAAGCACCUCACCGAAGCAGAUAUCAGGUUGUAUCCUACGAUUGCGAGAUUCGAUGUCGCGUACCAUAGUUUGUUCAAGUGCAAUUUGAAGCUGAUCAGACAUGAUUAUCCAAGGAUCGACAAGUGGUAUAGGAAUAUCUACUAUGACGAAGGAGACGAGACGAGAGGGGGUGCGUUCAAGAAGGCGACAUACUUCGAUCAUAUCAAAUAUGGAUACGCUGGCGCGAAGAAAGUCCAGAUUGUACCUAAGGGUCCCAUGCCCGAUAUUCUAGCUAAGGGUGCUUGA